UGGUUUUCGUACGUGCGUGUGGUACGUGCCCUGCGAGAGUGUGUGUUUGAAGCGUGUGAAGGAUGGAGAAAUAGUCGGGAGUGGUUUUUGCCCAUUUGCAAACUAUAGAAAUCUUGUCUUUGUAGCUCGCUUUUGCUCGGCUAACUGCUGUCGUUUGUCGGGCCAGUCAGGUGGCACGUGUGGGCACACCGACGACGAAAACAAAGUUACGUUUUUUGUGGACGUGUGUGUCGGUCGUUGGAGGAGCCGAGGUUGUGUGCACCCUGUCCCAAGGAGCCUGCGGUUUUGUUGCAUUAAGUGGGCGUUACGCGACUUCCUCACUCACGUGCGUCGUGCUGCAUUUUGUGUCGUUGAGCCUUCUACUUCUACAAUUUGUCGCGAUUCAAAUCGGUACGCACAGCUGCAGCCCGAUUGUGGUGAGAUGGCCGCUAUUCUGCCUUCACGAUUUGCCGUUCUGAAAGUCGAGGGCGAGGAUCCGGAAGAUGCUAAACCCGUGAAGAAACCGCAGCCCGCCAAAAGUGGCUCUGCUGGCGAUCGCAACUCCGUGACGGCCAAGCCGAAAUCCAAGAAAAAGAAGAAGGCAGCGGAAACUCAGGCCAAGGCGAGGCCAGCCGCACCGCACGCAGGCCAACCUGAAGACCAGAGCGGGGACUGGGAAUCUUGGAAAAGGAGAGAUGAUCAGUUCGUCUCUGACGUCUACGAACAAGAUCUUCAGCAGGCGCUGCUUCUCAGUCGGUUGGAUUACGAAGAGAAGAAAGAUUUCUAUGAAGCUCAGCAGAAAGAAGCUACUAUAGCAAGCGUGAUCACCCCAGGCAGCCGUGGCAAUGCCAGUAAGAACAAGAAGAAGAACACAACAACAAAAAAGGACAAAAAGACUACGAUGUCUCUAGAUGAGUUCAACCAGCUGGCCGGAGCUUCAUCGUCUGUUGAGCUGGGGUAUGAAGCAGAGAUCAGAGAAGUUCCUGACUCAAGAAACAAUGAGAAGAGACAAUCGUCACCACCAAAGGAGGCUAUCUUUGAGCAGGUUGUAAAAGAUGCCAAAAAUAUUCUGUCACGAGAACAAAGGAUGGAAGAACUAAAGAGUAAACAGCCUUUCUUAGCAGAGCAGGUCAGAACAUUGCAGUUCCAGGAUGAACUGGAGAAGAAGGACCAGCAGAUAGCCACACUUAAGAAGCAUAUUGAAGCUCUGACUGCUGAGCUGAAAGUGGUGAAGCUUCGCAACAAACAGCUGUGCAACAUCCUGGCCCAAGGCGAAAUGCAAGAUAAAGCAGAGAUCUUGCGGGAUUUUGAGGAAGUUACUCAGGUCAAGGACGAAUUAACUCAACAGGUUACCGAGCUGCAUGCUGCACUGGAACAAGAACGAUCAAAGGUGCGCUUGCUGCAACAGGAUCUCAAGAAGGGUGGGAAAAAAGAACCUCGGUAACAUUCGGUCUGGCCCCCAUUCUCUUGCAAAGCUGCAAAGUGCAAAGCUGCAAAGUGCAAAGGCUGCACUGAAAUGCAAGACACCUGGGUAUUGAGGCCUUGUCUACUGAGAAAAAUUGCAACUACUGCCAUUGCACACCUUCUAGUGUCUAGCAAGCGCUUCCUCCUCUCAUGUACAUACAUCAGGCGGACUGCUCGAUCUUUUUUUUUUCUUUUCCUCGAGGACAUGUGAUGUGUUUGUCCAUUACUUCAGGGAUCAAAUGAAGUGUUUGUGCCAGUUUAUUUAAUUUGGAAGUGGUGUGGUACAUUGUUGAUUAAAGUCACAUUCUUUGUUACCUUAAUGCGUUGGUAUUUAGCUGCCUCUGUGUGUUCCAUGCACACAGAAGAUUGUGUUGUGGAGGUCCAGAAAAAAAGCAGUAUAAAGUAACGAUGGUGUGGUAAUUUUGGUUACAGUUGUGAAGUGAUGGCUCAGCAAAACUGGUUUAAUGCAUGUCAAUAAACUCCUGGCAUGUAAUC